ACCAGGGUCUGGUCAAAUAUGCCCUCGCCCGCCCCCCAGUCCUUCGUCAUCACCUCUUAUAACCCCUGGAUUAUUUGCUGCCCGUAACUUUUCACACUGUUUAACUUCGGACUUGUACCUGUACGACAGCAACUGGCCGCGACUCAUGGUCUUCGUCCGAACCCAUUCUCUGCCCCAUCCACCACGUCGCAUCUAUCUUGAUCCCUCAUAACUUCUCAGUCAUCAAAUCUGUCCGUCAGGAGGCCAACACAGCUUUUGCGAGGGUCCCAAUUUCGAGUUUGCUUCCGCAGCACCAACUCGAGAUCAUCUCCUAGGCGGCCCGCUCAUGGAGUCUACUAUCCUAUAUUUGGAUCAAAUGGCUCAGUCUGGUUAUCCCGGCUUAGCCCCGCUGGUCGAUGCACGACACAUGUCCCUAUCUCUUUAUGACAUGUCACUGCCGGAGCAGACGCCCUUCUUGUCUCCCACCGACGACUACCAUCUCUAUCAGCAGUGGACUGGACCGGAUUACUAUAUUUUUGAGCCAGUAGUCUCUCCUGGCAACUCUGCAGGAUCGAAACAUUCGAUUUAUUGGGAGGUGGAACGACCCAGCUAUCAGUCGUCAGAGGCGGCCACAACGACGACGCCGGGUUACUCGGCUGUCAGCUGGGCGACACGGUCCGAAGACAGGUCCUCGUACCAAGAGCUUCUGCAAAAUCUCCAGCAACCGCAACCAGCAGUCUUCAGCCAGCCGCCGCAAUGUCCAACACCGGCUGCCUCCCCUCUUGCCAUGGACGCAGCCUGGAAGCCUGCUACCAGCAGUCGAACCCGGCCAGAGCCAGAGUCUAGGGCCACCACAACGAAGAAGAAAGCAACGAUAUCGGUAGAAGAGCCACCGCAACCGCAUCGUUCGUCGACGGCCCAACACCGCACCAAGAGGGCACGCGUUGAAGCUGGCAGCGAACCAUUUCCCGUCACCCCGAUUUCGUGUGUCAAAGGCGAUAACAAGGGCGAAGACAGCGACAUUUCUCGGGCGCUGCGAAGCCCGGAAAGAAAGAAGACACAUCGCGUCAAGAAUCGAGUGGCCGCCAAGCGCUGCCGCGAGAAGACGAAGCAGUACGAGACGGAACUGGCUAAUAAAGAGAAGCAGGUCACGCAGAAACGCGUGUACCUGGACGCUUGCGUGACUGCUCUCAAGAACGAGGUGCUCGCGCUUAGGAACCAGAUUCUCGAUCAUGGCAACUGCGACUGCGAGAUGAUCCAGGGGUACAUUGCGAGGACGGCCAGCAGUGUCGGCUACAACGGGCACCGAGCCCCCGCAAUGCUGCCGCCGUCGACAUGAAGCUGGACACGAAAACGAGAGAGAAGCAUUGCGACGUCUGAUACCGCAUUGCUCUGGGGCGGUGCUGAGAGGAGGGCGCUCGAGGCAACGGAAAGCACAAGCACGAGGCCAGCGGUCUGUUCGGAGGGAGACAUGUCCUUACCAAAAGACUUACGGAUGCGGAUGCGGAUGCGGAUGGCGUCUGAUGUAAGAUGCCAGUCAGCGUUGAAGCCGCCUCGUCUGGACUCGACGUGCCCAGUCGACUGAGUUGUGUUUUCGCUCCUCCUUUUCUCCCACGUCCCUGCUUGGCCGCAUUCUUCGUCUAUUCAAAAAACGGCUUCUCCGUCGCUGGGAAGGGACCUGCUGACAUCGACAGGCAGAGGGUGCCUGACGCUUUAGCAAAGUUUCGAUAGGUCUAGCUGGCUUGCUGCGGCUUCCUUGCCUUGGCCGUAGCUGAACGGAUGCCAUAGCUGCAUGCUCACAGCAGAUGGCCUGGCCUGGCCACUACCGCCAGACGAGAGUCCAUGGGACUUGGACCACUCUACAAGGCUUAACUUUAAGCCUUGAUUGGUUUUUUUGUUCUUUCAUUGUUAGAGGCAUCUGUUUCAUUUCUUUUUUUCCCCUUUUCGG